AUGUCCGAGCAACAGGAGUUCCCUCCUGGUGCUUUUGAUAAGGAAAUGGCAUCGGCAGUGAAAGAUGCAAUGAAAGCUGCGGCAGACGAAAUGUUAGACAAGACUGAUUCAGAAAAUGAUACCAACGAAGAUAAAAGGGAAAGCACAGAUAAUGAUAAUGUACCAAGUACCGAUUCCAGAGUGGUAAAUGCUGAUUCAAGUACUGACAACUUUAGCGAAUCAAAGCAUGAUGAAGAUGGUCGAGACUUCGCGUUAAAUCAGGCAAUAGAAGAUGCGAUCCGUGUGAAUUUCGGCGGUACUAAGGAGGACGAAGAUGAAGAAUCGGCGAAUGAAGAUAAUUCUAGUGAUGAUGAUAAAGUUGAAUUGAAGAAAGACGAAGAACCAGACGAAACUUCUGCUCUUGAAGCGGCAGAGAUGGAUCUUAAUCGAGAAAUUAAAGAUGCUUUUCAGGAGUCGGGAGUCGUUGAAGCUCAAAGUGAAUCAGCCAGUGGAUCGGAAUCAGAAGCAAGCACUGAAUAUAGUGCUGAAGAAGUGCCUAAAGAUGAUGCUAUAGGUACACAAGAGAUGCAGGAUGCUAUAUAUGAUGCACUCAAAGACGUCGAGGGUAACGUUAAAGAAAAGAAAGAUCACACGACUGAAAUUGACGACAGUAUGGCCCAACUUGAACUUAACAAGGCAAUUGAAGAAGCUCUUAAUGUUCCAAUAGCUGAGCAGCAUGCAGAGUACAAAGAGGAAUCUAAUUCUUCCAAUGAUCAUGAGCAAACAGGAGGAAACACGGCGAAUAUUGACUUAAAUGCAGCGGUGAGUGAUGCGCUGAAAAAUACUGAAAUGGAUUCUGAAUCUAAAGAUGAUGAGCUGAUCGGUACUUCUUCAACCUCAAGUGCAGAAGAACGUGCAUUAAAGCAGGCCUUGGAGCAAGUUGCACAAAAUGUGGUUGAUACAGCACUUGUGCCAGAAAAGAAGAAUGAGAGUGCUGACAAUGUAAAAGAACCAUCAAAAAAAAGUAAUGAGGAGCCAGAAGACCAGCAUUGGGAUGACAUCAUGCUUAAAGCCAUGGAAAUGGCAACAGAAAACCCUGAAGCCUUGCUUUCAAGUUUAAAUGCUAAUUCUAAUCUGCAAGGAGUUGCAGCAGCUUCAAAACCUUUAUCCGAAAUUAAUAAGGUAGGAUCAACUGCUACUUCAAGAAUACCGAAAUUGCCUGAUUUGAACUUUCCUUUCAGCGCUACUGCAAAUGAAAGAAGGUCAGUGUCUGCUUUAGCCCAAUCCAUGGUCAAUGCUGCUAUUUCUGCUGCUGCUAUGCGAGCUGCUGCUCAACAACGGCUGAUGGAGCUCACUGGACAGAGAAAUGUAGAAAAUCUUUCUGGAAAGGACUUUCUUUCUGCUUACCAGAAAUACAUUUCAUCCCGAAAAGCCAACUCCAAAGCCUCUCCUUUCACCAGGUCUGCUUCUUCAUCUACGGCUCCUAUCUCCUCUAGGUUCAAUUUGCCUUCUGUAUUCAAUAAGACUGAAGUUACACAGGUUAAAGGUCAGAAGAAAAAGAAGAGCAUGUCAAUAGCAGAGGUUCUGGCACUGGAGAGGCAGAGAAUGGGUCUUGUAGCACCGUCUACAGAAGAUAUUCGAGCAUCUUCUAGCUCCUCUGAUAUGAACAAAGAUGAGACAACAUCUAAAAGCAUCGAAAGACAAAGUCUUUUGGGUUUCAUUAUCUCGAAUGUUAGCUUGAAAGCGAUUGAUCCUGAUGUGGUAUCUUCAAAGUUGAGCUCUGAAAUGAUUAACAAUAUCAAGCAUCAUGUCAAUUCGGCAGCUUCAAAAAUCAUGGCUGAAGAACUUUUGGAAAGUGAAAAGAAGCAGGACUUAGAUGAGAUGGAAAAAAGAAAGUUAGAAAAUAGGGAAAGAAAAAAGAGAUGGAGAGUGAUAAAUAUAGAACGAAAUAGAGACAACGAUUUAAGAAUUAGAGUUACAAAAAAGGCCAAUAACAUGUAUCCUGCGCCAGAGCAGGAGGUGGAAAAGCAAAACUGGAUUAAUGCUGAAUUCAGUAGGAGAAAGCAAAAGAGACUUCUCAGAGAGCAGGCACAGCAAAGGGAGCUAUUAGGGCUCAAGUCAUCGUCUGUUAUCACAUCUCAUGUACAAAUUAUUCCUUCGACUUCUCUGAAAAGCAAAUCUAUAUCCGAAAUACUAAGCAACGAUGAGUUCUUGAAAAGAAUUUCUGCUGUGUGUAACUCUAUUGGGAUAAAGAUUGAUGUUGACGGACUUAAGCAAACUGCCCCAGAUAAGGUUGUGGCGGUUACAGCUUUAGGAAUAGGAAUCCUUGUUUCAUAUAUUGCCGGUACACCAACUCUCUCUGUUUCAAACUUAGAGGUUAUCAUCAACUCUGUGGUUAAUUCGCUCAAAGAUUUCAUUGAUUCGGAGUUGCAAGUUGAGAAUCAUUCGCUUAAAAGUUCAAGCAUACCUCCAGCUCCGAAGGUCUUUAAGGCGAGGUCUGUGAAAAGGUCUCUUCCCACACCUUUUGUUCCUGCACAAAAGCAAGUACAUGUUUCACAACCUCCUCAAAAAAAGGUUGCAUAUUCAAAGCAGGAUUCUACAUUUUCUAGCAAAAAGGCCCUGAUCAAGCAUAAGAAGAAAUACAAAUCAAAGAGCCAAAAAGAUCAACCGGUUGACUUUAAGAAAUUCAUGUCGCCGCAUCCGCUUCCUGCUUCCUUUUGGUCCAGUAUUGAAGAAAAUAAGAGGAAAGAUGCUAGUCCAACCAAUGUACACAAAAAAGAGGAUAUCAAAGUUUCUUCACAAAUAUCUGAGCGUCCUACUGAAAAUGAAGAUCAAAGUCAUAUGACAUCCUCCAUCAACAAAAAUACUCUUCCCAGUAAUGUGGGUACUGAUCGUACAAUUGGUAUGAAUAAGGAGAGCUCGCAUAGAUCGUGGGAUUUCAUAACGAGUGUUACUUCUUCGUCCAUAAAAGCUGUCAGACUUCCAAAAUACAUGAAGCCAAAGUUAGGUAAAAAUAAAGAAGAAGAACCUCAUAUGUCAUCUUUACAUUCAGUCAAUAACAUCGCAAAAGGACAUCAACAAUCCGGAUCCAAUCCUAGUGUUAGUAGGCCAUCUUAUUACGGAAUCAGAAAGCCGGCAGCAUUCAAGAAGCCUACCGCAUUUACUAAAUCUGAUGAUCUGGAACACAUGAGGGAAUCGCCAUACAAAAUUGUUCCUCUGAAGCCACAGUGA